UAAGCCAGACGUGCUGUGAGUAUUUCCCUCUCAAGGCACUCUCAAGAUAUUGGUGAGCUUCAAACCGAAAGCCUGAAAUCACCGAUCUACUGUUGAUGAUUUUAUGCAGAUGACUCGACCACGAAUCACAGAGACACAGCCACAGACAUGCGCAGUGCAGCCUCCUCCGUUGUCAUGCCAAACCCACGCUCGUCCUAAAUAGACAACGGUGUCUCUCUGCUACACACGCUGAUAUCUUGGCUUUGCAUUUGGCGGGAUUUCAACCCAGCGGUGUAUAUCAGUGCAACAUCUGGCACUGGGUUCUCAUAUUGUGACUGAGCAGAGGUAUCUGUGGGUUCGAGAUUGAUGUGCAGUGGAUGGUGAUUUCACAUACCAUGGAGUCGGCGGUGAACGAAACCGAAGUGAGCUGCUUCAACGUGGAUGAGGAUGCCGUGGAGUUGCUCAUGUACUCACCAGCACAAAAGUGCACCAUAACGGUCAUCUUGCCAAUCGUACUGACUUUUGGUAUCCUCAACAAUGUCGCCUUUCUUUUUGUGGUUUUCCGAGUGCGGGGCAUGAAAACAGUCACCAAUGCCUGCCUCGCCAACUUAGCAGUUGCAGAUAUGAUUUUCCUAGUGACAGCAAUAGGACAACGCCUGUAUACUUACUGUAAGUCACCUAUUUAUCCAGACGCUACACCCGUUGGUUUGGUCGGGUGUGAGCUGGGAAACCUUACCAAGAGUACGACAUAUCUUGCGGCACUGUGCUCGGUAACACUUGUGUCUAUGGAACGCUAUGAAGGUGUCUGCCACCCGCAAAGGAGCCACAACAGAACGGGGAGGAAAACAUUUCGAUGGUUGAUCGUGUUCUCAUGGCUUGGUGCUUUCUUCGUUUCGGCAACUUUCAUACCAAGUUAUCUCAAGUACACGACAACCUGUGUGAUAUGGCCGGAGCAGUACAGCCACUGGCCGACAACUUGGAGUACGUGCAACCCUUUAGAGUCCUGGUUGACGAUUUACAAGCACGUGGUGCAGAGCAUACCGUUCAUAGUGGCUUUUGUUGUCAAUGUGGUGCUCUACGUGAACAUAGUGCGCGGGCUCAACGCGUCCGUGAGACGGGGGCGACUGACCAGCCUAAAAGACAAGAAUGUCAAACUUCGGAACCAGAUAGCCUGGAUGCUUAUCGUGAAUGGGUUGGUGUUUUUCCUGUUGCUGUCUCCAUACGAGUGUCUAUCUUUAGUAAAGGCGAUGACAGCGAGACACAGUGAACCCCCAGCGGUCAUGAUCGAGGAGAUGUUCAAAUGCUUGUCGUAUGUGAAUUCGGCCAUUAAUCCAGUGAUUUAUAUCUCUAUGAGUAGCCGAUAUAGAUCUGCGUUCUGUGCAGCUUUCCUCCCGCCAUUCGGUAAGAAUAAAUUCGGCAAGGCGACAACUGUGUCUCAGAACAGCGCCAUAUCGAGCCUUUUGGACAUUUGCAGGGAUUCUCAAGUGUAAUAAUACACGACAAAACGUAUUACACAUAGAAACAAACACCUUCACUCGUUCGUUAUUAAACCGGGCGACUUUCUUUGUACCCAGUUUUCAUACGUUAAAUCAACAACACUUUGUGACAAAACUAGUUCGCAAGUCUUGAAUACAAUUACUGUCAACUUACCGCUUAAAACAAAAGAGAAACGCCUAGACAAACCAACAAGAACUUUGUGUUAAUUUAGGAGUUGUUCACACUAUGUGUUAUUUGUUAAGGUAAGUUUUACACCAAUGCACGCUCCACAUAGCCGCUUCGUGAUGACUUGGUACGGUGCGUUUAAUGUUGUGAAUAGUGCAACCACAAAUGCAUACACGUGGGCGAUUGGACCAUUAGUUUAUACAAUACAAUACAAUACACGGAUGUAACUACGUCACACUAUGUGAAAUCAACCGGGGUCAACACUUGAUCUGAUGGACUUCUACAUGGAUCGGUUUGACAGGAAAGAUACAAUUACAGCAACAAGUUCAAUCGUUAAACUAGCAACUCUGCCAAUAUCACAAAGCCCCGUUGUGUUUCACAGCUACAAAGAGUCAUCGCACGAGCUUUCAUCACAUAAACUGUCAAUUUGAAGGGACCAAAAUCUAUUCCGGAUCAAAAACUUCACUGGAAAAAGACAAUUUCGUCAUUUUCUUUCAACCAUAAGUUAACUCAAUAGCGCGUGCAUUUGCAUUAAGCAGUUUGAUGAUGAAAACUAUUCAAGAGAAGUGACUGAACUGACAGUAAUUUGAUGAGGUCCAUAAAUUUGCGUUUUGUAGAUGUACAAUAACUCACUGCUGCUUCGAGAUGCUCCAUGGUCAACAGAUAUGUGUCUUUAAAAUCAAAAGGGUAAAAAUUAAUAAUUACUGGGAAGUUUGUUUUGUUCAGCAACACACAGCAGGGAAAGUAGUUUUGAUACAGUUUCUACAACCCGUUUGUGAUUUACUAUAUAGUAAGUGUGAUUUCAUACGUAGUAAUUCCUAUAUGUAAAUAUAGUCAUUACUAUUUUAUGUACAAAUUACUUGGAAGUAAUAAAUGAAUACAAUUAUCUGCUUGGGUCGAAACGUCAGGUUAUAACUAUUUUUGCAUUUUGACAACAGGUCAUUUUGGUUGGUAAGCAGUUUG